AUGGAUAGUUUUUAUGACGUACUCAGUGACGUAGUUGUUAGAGUAAAGGACAAGGACAGUGUUCUGCUCAUGGAACCCACAACACCAAAGCCAACAGUAGUUACCACAGUUUCAUCCACGAAUGGGUCAGAAUUGAAACCUUCUGCGCCAGAAGUAACGACAGCUGCAGCAGCAACGACAACUCCCGCACCAGAACCAACCACACCAGCGCCAACAGUAGUUACCACAGUUUCAUCCACGAAUGGGUCAGAAUUGAAACCUUCUGCCCCAGAAGUAACGACAGCUGCAGCAGCACCGACAACUCCUGCACCAGAGCCAACAACACCAACGCCAACAGUAGUUACCACAGUUUCAUCCACGAUUGGCUCAGAAUUGAAACCUUCUGCCCCAGAAGUAACGACAACUGCAGCAGCACCAAUAACUCCCGCACCAGAACCAACAACACCAACGCCAACUGCAGUUACCACAGUUUCAUCCACGAUUGGGUCAGAAUUGAAACCUUCUGCCCAAGAAGUAACGACAACUGCAGCAGCACCAACAACUCCCGCACCAGUUCUAGAAACUACAAGCACGCCGGAGUUAGAAACAUACACACCAAUAGUGACAACGCAGCCUUCUGAUGGAUCAACACUGGUGGUUCAAGGAGGUCUUGAUGACUCACCAGAAGCAACGACGGCACCUGCACUACAUACGACUCCGGCUUCAGAACCGAUAACGCCAACACCAACAGUACUUACCACAGUUUCAUCUAUGGAUGGGUCUGAAUUGAAACCUUCUGUACCUGAACUAACAACAGCUGCAGUGCCACCGACAACUUCUGCACCAGUUUCAGAAACAACUCCUGGGGAACCAACAGUAGAUACGGAUGUAGUGGAGGUACACACUGAAGCGACAAGUCUCUCGCCACCUCCAGUAUCAACAGAAGCGGCGGACAGUGCAACAGUAACACCGAACGAACCAAUUCAAGACGCCGGGCGAGGUGAACACUUACCUGAAAAAGAUUCAACGCCAGAACUGUUACCAGAAACCGAAUCACCCUCUGUAUCGUCACUGACACCGGCGCCAGCAUCAGACAACUUGCAAGAAAUUUCACCAGCAUCUGUCACAAAACCGCCGCCAUCAAAGCCGGUAACACCAUAUCCACAUGCUCUUCUUGAAGCAGCUAUUGCUGGAGUCCUCGAACUACUCUUAAAGCAACGAGGUCAAACCUCAGCAGGUGACUCGCAGUCGUCUGUAACGCAUGAUUCACUGAUAGCUCAUCUGGAGGCUCUUCAGCGUCUUCCACAAGUAAACCUCAAAGGAAAAACGGAGGAGAAUGAUGUAUCGCCUCCUCCCCAGCAGGUACUUCCAGUUGAAGGAAAUGCCUCAGUGGCAGGAGCGGCACUAGAGUCAGAUGCAGCUACACCGUCAGCCGCUAAUCUGCCUGACUCUACUCCUGGAGUUGUGGCAACACCUUUACCAGUGCUGAUUGCAGACACUACACCAGGACUUGCACAACAAGGCAUACUGGGACUAGAACCAGGAUCAGAUGCAGCUACACCAUCACCCGCUAAUGUGCCUGAAUCUACUCCUGGAGCUGUGGCAGCACCGUCCCCCGUGCUGAUUGGAGACAUUACACCAGGACUUGCACAACCAGGCACACUGGGACUAGAACCAGGAUCUGGUACCUCAUAG